CAAUCUUUUCGUUGCUGGAGCACUACGCACUAGCACUGGUACUGUCAUUUCUCUGGGUUCAUUUUUUUUAAAGGACUGGGUUCAGAUUAUAACUUCACACCUACGAUUUUUUGAUUGUAACGUGGGAAUUACGCUAUACAGUAGACACCGGCGGUUCCAUAGACCAGGACGGCUCGCGCCUCACUACAAAUCGAAGGGCCCAGCACCCAGACCCAUUUCCUCCAACGUGAAAUCGGACGGCAACCCUCUCUUGGUGUUGCCCAUUGCUAAGGCUAUGGAUAAUGCCAACGGGCUUCGUUUUCGGAGAAUUCCUCGCCAAUCAUUUUCUACUAGUAUUAAGUUGGACCCACCGCUUGAUGAAAACUUGGAGCAGUGGCCACAUUUGAAUGAACUUGUUCAAAGCUAUGGUUCUGAAUGGGUUAAAGAUGAUUACAAGUACGGGCACUAUGAAAGCAUUGCCCCCAUCUCAUUUCACAAUCGGAUAUUCGAGGGACCUGAUACCGAUAUUGAAACAGAAAUGCAUCUUGCUAAUGCUAGAAGAACUAAGAUAGAAGAUUCCGCUGAUGAAGAAAUGCCUAGUACAUCUAGGCAUCACUUUUCAGAAGAAAACGUCUACGAGUCAUCAAAUGCAAAAAUUUGCAAGCAUUUUGGGGAAUCUCCUUUGCCAGCUUACGAACCUGUUUUUGACUGGGAAAAUGAGAGAUUAAUGAUCUUUGGGCAAAGAAUUCCCGCAAAUAACACAUCUCAGUAUACCAGUGGGCUAAAGAUUGCAGUGAAAGUGUUAUCCUUGACAUUUCAGGCUGGGCUUGUUGAGCCAUUUUAUGGCACAAUUUGCUUAUAUAAUAGGGAGAGAAGGGAAAAACUUUCUGAAGAUUUCAUUUUCUGCAUGUCACCAGCUGAAAUACAUGAUACUAGCAGUUCUUCUGAAGCACGUUGUAUUUUCCAUCUAGAUGCUCCAUCAGCAUCAGUCUGUCUGCUUAUCCAGUUAGAAAAGUCAGCUACUGAAGAAGGCGGCGUGACUACCUCUGUUUACUCACGUAAAGAACCAGUUCAUCUGACAGAAAGGGAGAAGCAAAAACUGCAAGUCUGGUCUCGUAUCAUGCCUUAUAGGGAGUCCUUUGCCUUGGCAAUCAUCCCACUUUUUGAUAGUGGUGUUACCAUUGCUUCUGGUGGAUCUGCAUCCCCCAGCAGUCCACUCACUACUAGCAUGUCAGGUUCAAAUUCUCAGGAGGGUGCUGCUGAACCGCUUGCAAAGAUCACAUUAGAUGGAAAGCUCGGCUACUCAAAUGGAAACUCUGUUGUGGUUGAAGUGUCAAAUCUAAACAAAGUUAAAGAAUGCUAUACAGAGGACUCGAUCCAGGAUCCCAAGCGUAAGGUUCAUAAACCAGUGAAGGGUAUCUUAAGAUUGGAAAUUGAAAAGCUCCAAGCUGGCAUUGUGGAUUUUGAGAAAGCUUUGGACCAUGGAAGUAUAAACUCUUAUCUGGUGGACCAUGGGAAUCGCUUAACUGACGCUGGAUCUGAUGGACCUCAGAAUGUUGAUUUAGAUUCACAUUUGUUUGAUAGGAAAGAUCUGGAUCAAAAUGGAUCAACUUUUCACAGAAAUCCCGAUAUUGGCGCCAAUGAUUUCCAAGCAUUCGACUUUCGGACAACAUCAAGGAAUGAGCCUUUCUUGCAGCUUUUCCAUUGCCUGUAUGUAUAUCCCUUGACAGUUAGCAUUAGUAGAAAAAGGAAUUUGUUUAUACGGGUUGAACUGAGGAAGGACGAUGUAGAUAUCCGCAAACCACCUCCAGAGGCAAUGCAUCCAAGGGAACCCGGCGCUGCACUUCAGAAAUGGGCUCAUACUCAAGUUGCUGUUGGGGCUAGGGUUGCUUGCUACCAUGAUGAAAUCAAAGUUUCUCUUCCUGCUGUUAUGACCACGAUGCACCACCUCUUGUUCACUUUCUUUCAUGUUGACCUUCAAACAAAACUAGAAGCUCCAAAACCUGUGGUGAUAGGAUAUGCUUCUCUACCCUUAUCCACCCAUGCACAGUUAAAAUCUGAAAUUUCAUUGCCCAUUAUGAGUGAAUUGGUUCCGCAGUAUCUUCAAGAUAGUGGCAGGGAGAGGGUAAAUUACUUGGAGGAUGGGAAAAAUGUAUUUAGACUUAGGCUACGAUUAUGUUCAUCAUUAUACCCAAUUAGUGAGCGUAUCAGAGACUUUUUCCUUGAAUAUGACAGGCACGUUCUUCGAACAAGUCCACCUUGGGGAUCUGAGCUUCUUGAGGCCAUUAACAGUCUGAAGAAUGUUGAUUCUACAGCUUUGCUUCAGUUUCUUCACCCAAUUCUGAACAUGCUUCUCCAUCUCAUUGGCAAUGGUGGAGAGACUCUACAGGUUGCAGCCUUCAGAGCCAUGGUUAACAUUUUAACCCGGGUGCAGCAGGAGUCAGUUGAUGAAGGUGAAAGAAAUGUUUUCCUAGUUAACUAUGUUGAUUAUGCUUUUGAUGAUUUUGGUGGGCGCCAACCACCUGUGUAUCCUGGUUUGUCCACAGUUUGGGGAAGUUUGGCCCGUAGUAAGGCCAAAGGGUACCGUGUUGGACCAGUUUAUGAUGAUGUCUUGGCCAUGGCUUGGUUUUUCCUUGAGCUAAUUGUCAAAUCAAUGGCCUUGGAGCAGACUCGGUUGUUCUGUGAUAAUCUUCCUAUGGGUGAUGAUGUUCCACCAAUGCAGUUGAAAGAAGGUGUUUUCAGAUGUAUAAUGCAAUUGUAUGAUUGCCUGUUAACAGAAGUUCAUGAGCGCUGCAAAAAGGGUCUAGGAUUGGCCAAAUAUCUGAACAGUAGUUUGGCCUUCUUUUGUUAUGAUCUUUUAUCGAUAAUUGAGCCUCGCCAAGUUUUUGAGCUGGUGUCCUUGUACCUAGACAAGUUUUCUGGGGUGUGCCAAUCAGUGCUGCAUGACUGCAAGCUUACAUUUUUGCAAAUUCUAUGUGACCACGAUCUUUUUGUGGAAAUGCCUGGACGAGAUCCUUCAGAUAGGAACUACCUUUCAUCUGUUCUAAUACAAGAGAUUUUCCUUACUUGGGAUCAUGAUGAUUUAUCUAUGAGGGCCAAGGCAGCUAGAACUUUGGUGGUUCUUUUGUGCAAGCAUGAGUUUGAUGUUCGUUACCAGAAGCCUGAAGAUAAAUUAUAUAUAGCUCAAUUAUACUUUCCCCUCGUAGGCCAGAUUCUGGACGAAAUGCCUGUCUUCUACAAUCUGAGUUCAAUUGAAAAGCGUGAAGUGUUGAUUAUUAUCUUGCAAAUCAUACGCAACUUGGAUGAUGCCUCUCUUAUAAAGGCUUGGCAGCAAAGCAUUGCUCGUACCAGAUUAUUUUUCAAACUCUUGGAGGAGAGCUUGAGUAGUUUUGAGCACAGAAAACCCGAUGAUGGCAUGCUUAUUGGCAAUAGUUCUCGCAGCACUCCAGGAGAUAAACCCAUAUCCCCAAAGUAUUCUGAGAGACUUUCCCCUGCAAUUAACCACUAUCUGUCAGAGGCUGCACGUCAAGAAGUUGGACCUCAGGGGACACCUGAAAAUGGGUAUUUCUGGCAAAGAGUCAACUCCCAACUAAGCUCACCUAGUCAACCAUAUUCCUUGAGGGAAGCUCUUGCUCAGGCCCAAUCGUCCAGAAUUGGAGCUUCAACCCAAGCAUUAAGGGAAUCUUUGCACCCAAUAUUAAGGCAAAAACUGGAACUUUGGGAAGAAAACCUGAGUGCUGCUGUCAGUCUUCAAGUUUUGGAAAUAUUAGAUAAAUUUUCGGGGACUGUAGCUUCUCAUACGAUUGCCACUGAUUAUGGGAAACUUGAUUGCAUUACAUCUAUAUUUAUGAGUGUCUUUUCGCGUAAUCAACCACUGGUUUUCUGGAAAGCCCUCUUUCCAGUGAUUAAUAGUGUCUUUGAGCUUCAUGGAGCAACGCUAAUGGCAAGGGAAAAUGAUCGUUUCAUAAAACAAGUUGCUUUCCAUCUUCUUCGCCUUGCAGUUUUCCGGAAUGAAAAUAUUAGGAAGAGGGCUGUUAUUGGGCUUCAGAUACUUGUUCGGUGUUCUUUUUCUUACUUUAUGCAGACAGAAAGACUACGAGUUGUGCUAACUAUUACAUUGUCAGAGUUGAUGUCUGAAGUCCAAGUGACACAGAUGAAAUCUGAUGGAACACUUGAAGAAAGUGGCGAAGCUUGUCGUCUUCGAAAAUCGUUGGUGGAAAUGGCAGAUGAAUCUAGAAGUGUCAGCAUAUUGAUAGAGUGUGGUCUUCCUGAAAAUGCACUUGUCACUACUUCUGAAAGAUCAGAGAACCUUUGGUCCUGGUCAGAAGUAAAGUCUCUCUCAGACAGUCUUCUUUUGGCUCUUGAUGCUAGUCUGGAACAUGCACUUUUGGUAUCCAUCAUGACUGUGGACAGAUAUGCUGCUGCAGAGAGUUUUUACAAACUUGCAAUGGCAUUUGCUCCAGUUCCAGAUCUUCACAUAAUGUGGUUAUUGCAUCUAUGCGAUGCACAUCAGGAGAUGCAGUCUUGGGCUGAAGCAGCCCAGUGUGCUGUUGCUGUUGCUGGUGUUGUGAUGCAAGCCCUUGUGAGUAGGAAUGAUGGAGUAUGGAGAUCAGAUCAUGUGACUGCAUUAUGCAAAAUAUGCCCCAUGGUCAAUGGUGAAAUAACUUCUGAGGCCUCGUCAGUUGAGGUAGAAGGAUAUGGUGCUUCAAAACUUACUGUUGACUCGGCUGUGAAGUACCUGCAACUUGCAAAUAAGCUUUUCUCUCAAGCUGAGCUCCACCAUUUCUGUGCUAGUAUUCUCGAACUUGUAAUCCCAGUUUAUAAGAGCAGAAGGUCAUAUGGACAGCUAGCCAAAUGCCACACGAUGCUAACCAAUAUCUAUGAGUCGAUUCUUGAGCAGGAAUCAAGCCCCAUACCAUACACAGAUGCAACAUAUUAUAGGGUUGGGUUCUACGGCGGAAAAUUCGGGAAGCUUGAUAGAAAAGAAUAUGUUUAUAGGGAGCCUCGUGAUGUACGGUUAGGUGAUAUAAUGGAGAAACUUAGUCGUAUAUAUGAGUCAAGAAUGAAUGGAACAACAUUGCACGUAAUCCCAGAUUCUAGGCAGGUCAAAGCUGAUGAACUGCAGAAUGAAGUUUGCUACCUUCAGAUAACUGCAGUUGAUCCAGUUAUGGAAGAUGAGGAUCUGGGAAGCAGAAGGGAAAGAAUAUUCUCACUCUCUACUGGAAGUGUCCGUGCACGGGUCUUUGAUCGCUUUUUGUUUGAUACUCCUUUCACUAAAAAUGGGAAGACCCAAGGGGGACUGGAAGACCAAUGGAAGCGGCGCAGCGUAUUAAAGACUGAGGGUUCUUUCCCUGCUCUUGUGAAUCGUCUACUGGUUAUCAAAUCAGAAUCACUAGAGUUUUCGCCAGUAGAGAAUGCGAUUGGGAUGAUUGAAACACGAACAGCAGCCCUAAGAAAUGAACUUGAAGAGCCUCGCAGCUCAGAAGGGGAUCAACUCCCACGUCUCCAGAGCUUGCAGAGGAUACUUCAAGGCUCAGUUGCAGUUCAAGUGAACAGUGGAGUGCUUAGUGUUUGUACAGCUUUUCUUUCUGGCGAGCCUGCAACAAGGUUGCGGUCACAGGAGCUGCAACAACUGAUUGCUGCACUUCUUGAAUUUAUGGCUGUUUGUAAGCGUGCAAUCCGUGUGCACUUCAGAUUAAUUGGGGAGGAAGAUCAAGAAUUCCACACACAGCUUGUCAAUGGAUUUCAGUCACUAACUGCAGAAUUGUCUCAUUACAUCCCUGCCAUUCUUUCUGAACUUUGAUCAUAAGAUGACUUUUUCCAACGCAUUUUCUUUUGUAGUUUUUUUUUUAUUUUUGGGUACCGUAGAAUGGUUUUCUCUGUUUAUAAUUGUGUUUCAAAAUCUAUCUGGUGGGUGUUUGUUCAUAUGUCUUGGAUUCUUUGAAUUGAAAUGAGAGCUAAUGUUAUAUUUCCUAUUUACCA